AUGACCAACGGGUCGGGCAUGGACAAGAGUGCCCGGGCAGCCGAGAGCACCAGCAAUGCCGCCGACUCCUCUUCACCCGCAGGCGCAUCCGACACCAGCGCAACCCGACUGCCACAGGCGCCAACCUCGUCGACGGCGAAAAAGACAAAGACGGCCAGAUCCGACAAGCCUUCUGCCCCGGCCUCGUCGCCCAACUCUCUAAUCAUAUGUCGCAACAAGCAUUGGCGCUUCAUAUCAUCCUUCCAUGGGCCGUGGUUGCAGAUGCCCGUCGAAAUGCUGCAAGUCAUUGCCAACAUCAACUACAACACUGUGCGGCCUCGCCCCGUAGACCCUGCCGUCGUCUUCGACAUUCUCAAGGUCCGCCGAGGCGUGGACGAGGCUACUGCCUUCGCCAUCGGCGCUGCCAAUGACCUGGCUUCAUCUACCCUCAUCAACGUCAACGGGGCUGUCCCCUACCUCAACUCGCUAGGUCACGGCGCCAAGCUGAGCAAGGAAAGAAAGCUGCGGAUGCGCGAGCUUGCCUGUCAAAGGCUAGCUCGCGCAUAUCGACUCGACGAGAUAGCCUGCAGCGUCGCGACCAUGCAAGGGGCCUCUGCCUUGGAAGACGUUGGCGGACUCGUGCUGCAACGGAACCGCGACGACCUCGACGCCAAAUACGUCCACUUCUUCCAUGAAAAGAUCCCUUCGAGGCACCUGGUCGAAAGCACCGACCUGCAGCCGCUGACGGACAUUAUCGCUUCAGGCCACGGCGAGGCCGAGGCCCUUCGAACCCGCGCAACGGUCAAGGUCUUCCAGGAGGACCUCGAGGGCGCCAUCCAGGACCUCACGGAAGCGCUGAAACACAGUCGGUACCGCGACAAGGCUGCCCACGAUCCGGGCUCGGCGAAACUCGCCGACGGACCGCAGGACGCCCAGCAGAUCCGCAACGGCAAGAAGAAACCCGAGCUCGUCUUGCCUGAAAAUGAUCAACCGAGCGGCCUCGGGCCUCAGCUGCUGUUUCAGAGAGCCCUGGUCCACCUCACCAUGGCGUGCCGACACGUCGAGGGUAGCGUACGCGCGCCGUCCACGCCUCGGGUGCCGCUUGGCACGGGCCCUGCAAGCCCCAGCACCACCACUGCGUCAACAGCAGAAGCAGAGGCAGCAGGAGCAGCAGAAGAAGCAGAAACAGCAGAAGCAGCAGAAGCAGCAGAAGCAGCAGAAGCAUCAGAAGCAGCAGAAACAGCAGAGGCAGAUGACGCGCAAGCUUCCGUACCGGAAGAACAGCUGGAUUGCCGAAAGCUUGUCAAGCUCUGGGCCAAGAGGGCCCUCAAGGAUUACAUGUCCUUCCUGUCAUGCUUCGAGUACUCGCCCAACCUACCCGUCAAGCUGCUGUCCGAGUUCAACGAGCGCGUGAGCUUGGUCGCCAACGGCAUCUUCAGACACCCCCGAAUAUCAAACGCCCCAGCGGCGCGCCCAGAGCACAUUGUUUACUCGGCAUCGGAGCUCUUCUCGUCCGUCCCGCCUCCGCACCUCCCAGCGUACCCUUUGCAACCGUCGGCGACGAGAGGCGCCAAAGCCACCACUUGCGAGAUUGUCACGUACCACCCCCUCUUGACGGAUGCCCUCCACGCUCUUCUCCUGUGUCACUGUCUGGUCCAGACGUCGGCCAAGGAAAUCCAGCGGCACGCCUACAUGGUCGCCCGGCUGGUGCGGCUGUGCGACGGGUACCCCGUCUUCCACGCAAGCAGGUCGGCUGCCCGAUCCGACUGGGUAGAAGUGAUUCGCCGAACCAAGAACUGGCUGCAGCUGGAUUCGACCUGGGAAGCACUCUGCGCGCCGGUCAACAUGCACGACGGCGACGCAAUUUGCGACCACCACAAGGACGCGUCGUCCGCCGCCGCCGCCGCCUCCCUCUUCCUCCUCCCCCGCGGAGGGGCAAGCUCAGCCGACGACGCCUCAUUGCCCAGUCCAUCCGGAGCAGCGGGGGGGGGUUCAGGAAACACCUCGACGGGCGGCGCGCUCGUUGCCCCGCAGCCAUCCGUGUUGAAGGGGGGUUCGGAGCCUUGCGCGGUGCCGUGGCCGGCAGAAGACGCGAGAGACUUUCCCUUCCUCACGGACAGAGCCGUCCCCGUGAGUCGCUGGAUCCGCGAAGUCCCCACAGUCACGGGCACGACCAAGCGCAAGAAGCGUUCCAAAAGAAUGGGCCGCAAGGGCGACUUUGUGCACGUCGGCGGCAUGCAAGAGCUGGCCGUGAGCCAGUCUUGA